ACUCAAAGGGAGAGAGGCAAGUAUGGUGUAUAUUUUACAAUAAAUAUGCAGUAAUUUGAAUCGUAUGAUCUGCAGAGUUGAUUUAUCGAGUGAAAGCAUGUCAGGACAUCUGGAGUUUAUUACAACUAAAAACACAGCCUGUGAAGACCUGCCUUUUCAGCAACUCCAUCAAAUACAGUUCAAGAAUUUGAAUAACAAACAACCAGUUGCUUCUGGACUCCAGAUGGCUCCAUUUUAUCAGACUGACAUUAGACAAGACAAGAAGGGGGUUCUCUCUAAACAAGACAGAAAGAAAUCAAAGUGGAAAUAUACAUUAUGCUUUUGUCUUUGGUAACUGUAUUUCUUUGGCUUGGAAUGGGACAAGCUCAAAGGACAACUCCUGAUUUUAUUAUGGAAUAUUUUCAGAGACAACUUCAGGAGCUUGAGGGACGACUGAUCAAAUGCGAGCAAAACUUCCAGCACUUCAGUCAAAGGAUGUAUGACAUGUCCAAGGAGAUACAUGGCGAAAAAAGCAAGAUGAAUGUACUGAAAUCAGAGGUCAAAGGUCACAUUGACACCUUUGCUAUGCGUUUGGACCGAGUGGAGAGAGAUGUGGAAUACCUGCAUAAUAAGAUCCCUGACACCGUUCAGGUUGAUAUUGAGGACUCGCUGAUCGAGCACCAGGUGAAAGAAGCCAAACUAAAAAAGACAUCUGUAAUCCCUAAGGGCAAAGACUGCAGUUCAGAGGUUGUGGGUAUCAAGUCUCUCAAAAUCGUCAAGAAAGCAGGCGACGCCAAUGGAUCCUGGAUGAAGGAUCCAACAAAGGGUUCUGCUAAGAUUUACUUUUUUAGUGGCACUCGAAACAGUACAGUAUUAGCAUAUACCUCUCUGAAGACCUUCACCGAACCAAACUCUACCAAAAAAACAGAAGUUAUCCGUCUUCCUUUUCCCUGGCACGGAACUGGCCAUGUGGUCUACAACGGCUUUGUGUACUACCACAGCGCAGACACCAACAAUGAGAUCCUGAAGGUCCACCUCAGCAACCGUACGGUGGUUGAUCAGUUGCUGCUUCCUGGAGCCGGCCGGAUGCCGGCAUAUUCCCUCAAUCCUCACACUCUGCUGGAUCUCGCUGUAGAUGAAAUGGGGCUCUGGUCGAUCCAUGCCGACCCAGACUUUGGCGGCAACCUGGUGAUCACCAAGCUGGACCACAGUAGUCUGGCAGUGGAGCACACAUGGGAUACCAACUGCAAUAGCCGUGAUGCAGAAGCGGCUUUCAUAAUCUGUGGAACCUUAUAUGUGGUCUACAACUCCCACUACGGUGGAAGGUCCAGCAUCCAAUGCGUGUUUGAUAUCCAUGACACCAUCUACACAGAGAGCAUUUCUGUGCUGUUCUUCCCAAAGCGUUACACCAGCCACACCGCUUUGCAUUUCCACCCAAAGGAUAAGCAACUGUAUGCUUGGGAUGAUGGCUAUCAGACCAUCUAUAAGUUAGAAAUCAAGAAAAUAUAAGAUAGGUCAGUUCUACAUAAUAGUUACAAUGAGGUCCUUUUAGCCAGCAGUGCUUUUUUUUCCUUCCCAACCACAUAUAAUCUUCUUGUAAUUGAAUGGAAGGCACUUUGUAGUUGUGCCAGACUGUCAUUUCCUGACAAACAAAGGACUCUUUGACCUCCUCGGUUCAGUCAGAGAACCCCAAGUAUCAUAUCUGCACUCUUUCUAUGAUUUGAGACGGUGAAAGAUGUUUAUCCAACAGCAGUCGCCUACUCUAUAAAAAAAAUAGAGAUAUAUGACAGGAAUAGCCUGUCUGCAAUGCAUAUGUCUCUUAAAAAAAUAUAUCUUGUUUGCCUUUCAAAUUUACAUUAUUUCUGAGGUGGAGGGGGAUCACGGCUUGAAAUAAAACUAUAAUGUGCACCA